CGCAGACAAAACAGCAGCAGCAGCAGCAGCAGCAGCAGCAGCAGCAGUCACAUCCCCAGGGCAACAACAGUCGUCACACAGAUCUUUCCAGUCCGCCGGCUCCUGGUAGUCCAUCGUCGGGGGCCAUCCCUAUCGACUAUCCUUAUCUGCUCGGCUACCGCCUGCCGCUGAACCACGGCCAUGAGAGACAUCCAGCGCACCACCAGAGUCACCACCACCAUCACCACCCCCACCACCAGCAUCAGCAUCCAUCGAUUGGCAAUCUUAGGCGCUCCAGCUCCCCCGUGCCCCUGCCCGUUCCGAUGGUGAUGACACCCAGUCGCCGCAGUUCGCCGCCUCUGCCGCUACCACUGACGUUGCCGCUGCGCCAUCCCCUGAACCUGAACCACAGCCACAACCACAGUCACAGCCAUAGUCACAGCCACAACCACAACCACAACCACAAUACCCAUACCAAUGCGAGUGUGGGCGGGAGCCAUCAGUCUAUGAGCGCCCACUUCUCGUCGCUGGCCCACGCCCAGCUGCAUCUGCAGAGCCAGCUGCACCAGAAGCUCUCGGCGGCCAGCUACUUCCGCAAUCCCUCGCCCUCGCCGACGGACAACAACACGAACAGCACCGGCAGCAACAGUCGGAACCACGCCGCCUGCUCCACGGCCCCAGCCUCGACGGCCGUGUCCCCGCCCGCCACGAGCAUGAGCAUGAGCACCGCCCAAAUGAAUCCGCUGAGCGAUCUGCAGAACAUGCAGCCCUUCGACUUUCGAAAAAUCAGCUCGGCCAGCCUGGGGGCCUUCUCCACGCCGCUGCCGCUGCCGCCCAGCCCCACCGAGUUCGUGCACCACCACCAGCAGCAUCUGCAGCAGCAGGCGGUGCAGCAGGCCGCCAGCAAUCAGUUCUUUAGCGCCAUGGCCAUGGCGGGGCAUCCGUUGCCGUACCACCUGCCGCCGCCGCCGCCACCGCCGCCCCCACCGCAGCAGUCCUCGUCGCAGUCCUCGUCGUCCUCGCAGUCGCAGAGCAAUCAGACGGCGGGAGACCGCUCGGAGAUGGGAGGAGGUGGAGGAGGAGGGGGAGAGGAAUCCUCGGGCAAGUCCUCGCGUCAUUUGGAUAAAGGCAGCAACAGCUGUUCCUCCUCCACCGCCUCAGGAUCGGGCUCUGGUUCCGGCUCCGGAUCGGGCUCGGGCGGAUCUGGGGGCUCCGGCUCGAGCUCCCAGCGCAUGACCCGCCUGGCCCUGUCCUCCAACCUCCGCUCUGGCCGCAAGACGCACUCGCCCGGCGGUGGGGGCGGCGGUGGCGGCGGCGGCGGCAGCAAGCGCCAGUGGGGCUCAAUGCCGGCGAAUUUGGGGACGCAGUUCAUCAAUCCCGUGACCGGCAAGAAGCGGGUGCAGUGCAACGUCUGCCUGAAGACCUUCUGCGACAAGGGCGCCCUCAAGAUCCACUUCUCGGCGGUGCACCUGCGGGAGAUGCACAAGUGCACCGUCGACGGCUGCAGCAUGAUGUUCAGUUCGCGCAGGUCCCGGAACCGGCACAGCGCCAAUCCCAAUCCGAAGCUCCAUUCGCCGCAUCUGCGACGGAAGAUCUCGCCGCACGAUGGCCGGAGUGCCCAGCCGCAUCCGUUGCUGCUGCAGGCCCCCAACGGUAUUAUGGCGGGGCUGGCGCCCUUCGGCAGCUUCCCCCUGCUGACUCCGCCCCCCGAUCUGCGCCACCAUCCGGCAAUGGGCGGGGGAUCGGCCAUGGAUCUGAAGCACGGACAGGAGUAUCUGCAGCGUUCGUACAUGGAGAACGGGGGCAUGCUCGUGGGCGGACGCUUCGAGGGUCAGGGGCAGAGGCGCAAGGCGCUGGAGGUGGAGGCCGACGAUGACGAGGAUGACGACGAGAUACUCGAGGUCGGGAUCCACAUGCCCGACGACGAUGAUGACGACGACGAUGGAGACGGCGAUGGGGACGGGGAUGGCGAGGACGAUGACGAUGAUCCCGAUGGCGAUGGCAUUGUGGUGGUGGGCGACGAGCUGGACAGCAUACCGGACAGGCCCGGCCAUGGCCACGACCAGGACUUCAUGCUGGACCAGGACCAGGACGAGAGCGUCUCCAGCCACAGUCACAGCCACAGCCACAGUCAAACCAAAGAGCAGCCCAGCCCGGGCAAGGGGACGGCAGACGGUCUGGAGGCCAUGGACGAGCAGCACGACGACUCGCCCAGCCAUGGCCAUGGCCAGAUCUCGGCCAGCAAGCGAAAGCGCAAGAGCCAGAACCCAGUGCGCUGCACGGUCCAGUCGGACGAGAACUCCUGCGAGAACUCCCUCGACUACGAUGUGGCCGCCGAUCUCUCCAUCAAGAAGAUUCGAUUGGGCGGCGAGCACGCUUCAUCAGCCAAAGAAACGGAAAUGGGGCUCACGAGCUCCAGCUCCAGCAGCGAGUCCACCAAGGCCAUUCCCUCGCCCCCACUCACGCCCUACACGACGCCCGGCGAUGGGAGGCCACCCGUCAGCAUCAAGACGGAGCUGCCGGAUGAAACGGAGGCCGAUGCCGAUGCCGACACCGAGGCAGAGGCGGAGGCGGAGGCGGAAAAGGAUGCGGGAACCACGCUGGACCUCUCCCUGGCCUCGGCUGGCGGCGGGGCCAUCAAGCAGGAGCCGCUGGAGGAUCUGGCCCUUGGCUAUGAUAACGAUGAGAAUCGCUAUCUGCGCAUCAAGCAGGAGCUUCUCGGCACCGACGACGUCCAGGACUGCAGCAGCAGGAUAAACAACAACAACAACAACGUGCUGACGGACACACCUGGCGGGGAUUUGCUCAAGGCGGCGGCGGUCAAUGGCGUGGACGAGGAGGAGGAGGAGGAGACGGCAUACCUGCACGAGGGGGAAACAGAACGCGAGACAGAGCCAGAGCCAGAACCGGAACCCGAACCGGAGCCAGAGCCGGAGCCAGAGGUGCCCAUUGACAAGGAGAACCCACUGAAGUGCACCGCCUGCGGGGAGAUCUUUCAGAAUCACUUCCACCUGAAGACGCACUACCAGAGCGUGCACCUGAAGCUCCACCACAAGUGCAACAUCGACGGCUGCAACGCGGCAUUCCCCUCGAAGCGCAGCCGCGAUCGCCACAGCUCCAAUCUCAACCUGCACCGGAAGCUGCUCUCGACCAGCGAUGACCACGGCCACCUGCCGCCCGGCCCCUGUCCUGGCACUGGCAGUAGCACCGGGGACUCGCUGCUGGAUCUCAUGAGCCUCAAUGUGAACCUCAACAACAACAAGGGCGGCGGCUUCGGCGGGUGCCCGCCCGUGGGAGUGCCCGGCAACAUUCAGGCGGAGAUACUGGCCCGCAUCUGUGCCGGGGCCCAUGCCCACGGGCUGAGUGUGCCGCUCUGUUUCGAGGCCCUGCAGCAUCGCUUCGCUGUGGGCCAUGGCCAUGGUCACGGGCACGGGCACGGGCAGUCGCCCACAGCAUUCGGGGAUGGCGGUCCGAACGCGAACGCCUUCAUGGGGAGCGGCGAUCCGAGGCUGUUGCUCAAUCAUGGCGGGAAUCCGUUGCUCUUUGCGGGAUUGCCGCGACUGCCACGUUUCCCACAGCUGGCGCCGCACAUGCUGGCCGCGGGUGCUGCUGCCGGCGGGCUGGGACCCUUCUGCAGACGCACCUCCUCCGACUCGAAUUCGCAGCACUCGAUCACGCCGCCGGUAUCGAAGGGCUCGCCCCAGCCCCAGUCCCAGUCGCAGUCCCAGUAUCUGCGGCCACGAUCCCGUUCUGGUUCGCCGGACUAUGAGAUGCAACAGCAGCAGCAGCCUGCGGCAGCAGCAGCAGCAGCAGCAGCAGCAGCGGAGGAGCAGGAGGCGGGCCAGAGGCAGAGUCCCGAUCGCAUAUCAUGACCAUGUACCUCGUACUAUGCCAAGGCAUUGGCAUUUUAUCACUAAAAUCAACGAUCGACGAUCAACGAGCCGCCGCCGCCGCCGCCGUCUUGGCCAAAAUCCCACGUCAUGCGCACUCACACACACAAACACACAGAAUAUAUAUAUAUAUAUAGUAUAUAUAUAGUAUAUUCGUUCAUGCAAUAUCAGGCUAAAACGUAGGACUACAGCAUUGCUCAUAAUUCACAUCGAUUACAGGAGGGAGGUUGGGGUGCCGUGCCCUGCCCUGCCCUGCCUGGCCGCUCAUAAUACAACAAAAUAUACAAUAUACAAUUUUACUAGGCUAAUGCUAAUAUAAAAUAUUAGAUGGAUCAACUAGCAUUUUUUUUCUAUACAUAUGAGUAUAUACACACACAACACACACACACACACACACACACGUAUAUGUAUGUAUAUGUAUGCGAGAGUCCCUUUUUUUUAAACUUGUAUUUAUAAAAUGGAUAAACUGUUUGUUGUUUUAUGUACACAAGCGUCGACGUUGUAGAGAAUUGAUAAAUGAAUGGAAGGACGGACACGGGAGAUGGGAGAUGCUAAAAGAUCGAGAGAAAGUGGGAUACUUAUAUUAACAAGAAGUACUAAAUAAAUAAUUAACGAUUAUAUAUUGUUAGUGAUACUCGAUUAUGUAAGUACCGUUUAGCCACUAAGCCAGCGCCUAAUAAUUUUUUUUUUUUUUUUUUUUCGCUAUCGUAACUGAAUCCCUAAGUGUAUUUGUAUAUGAUAUAGAAACGAUGAUGAGUCAACGACGAAACGCUUGCUAGGAAGAAACCAACAAAAAAAAAACUGAUUACUGAUUAGUGAUUAGUGAUUAGUGACUACCGAUCUAUGAUCACUGAUCUGAUACUAUCUGAUACAUCGCGAUGAUCCAAAACCGAACCGAACCGAACCGAAGUUGUGUUGUUUUCUUUUUAUCACAAAACCAAUCCUAAAGUAAUUAUAUAGUGAGUUAGUUAGUUCUGAAAACAGUAACCAGGCAAAUACCUUCAACUCAUAUUUAAGCUAUAUAUGUUUGCAAUAAAAUAUCAAUGAAAAAUCAUAAA